AUGAAAAUUCUCUUCCUUCUUCUCCUCCCACUACUGGUAAAUUCCCAAACCAGGUCGACAUUCAAGGCUCGAGAUCACAGCGUCAAAUCCGUAGCCAUUGACUACCACGGGGAUUCUGUUGAGGUUGAAGAAGUCGCAAGACCGCAAAAUGUAAGUGAUAAUUGCAAUAUUUUUUGAUUUUCACAACUUUAGAGCACCCUAAAUGGAACGCCCCGUCGAUUUCCGGGAUAUCCAUAUCGAAAGCCUCAGGGGAUAAAGGGAGAAAGAGGGGAGACCGGGCCGCCUGGAGCUCCAGGAAAAGUAAGCGACAACUUUUUUAUGAUUUUUAUCUUUCAAAUUGGUUUGUAGUAAAUAAAAAAAUUGAUUGCACUGUGCAAAACGAAUUUUCAUUUUUUUCUAUUGCACUGUGCAAAAAUAAGAAUUUGUUGACUGCACCGUGCAAAAACCAAAAAAACAAAAACUUUUUUUGACUGCACUGUGCACACAUUUGUUUGAUCCUUUUGAGCAGAAAUUGCAAAAGAAAGCAGCCCCGACUUGUCGCGCGAGCAAAAUUCGCGAUAACACAGUCAAACGCCCUUGCGCCACGGCGAUUUUUCAACUGCACAGUGCGGAAAACGGGCGACAGAAAGUUCUCUUUUUGCACUGUGCAUAAGAAAAUUUUCUUUUGCCAAGUGCACUGUGCGAAAAAAUGAGGUUUAAAAUUUGCACUGUGCGGAAAAAUGAGGUUUAAAAUUUGCACUGUGCGAAAAAAUGAGGUUUAAAGUUUGCACUGUGCGAAAAAAUGAGGUUUAAAAUUUGCACUGUGCGUUUUUCUAGCAACAUUUUUUUCAGUGCGGAUGCAACGCGAAAGAACUCGAGGAAAAAAUCGACCAGGCCGUUCGACAGAGGGUUGAAGAGACCUUGAGGAGCACAGAAAAUGCCCCGGGCAGUAAUGUGAGUUGUAAAAUACGAGAAAAAAAACCAAUUUGGCUAUUAUAAAUUUAAAAAAAUUUUUAUUUCAGAGCAAAGUCUUCCCGCGAGAAGACGAAUUGCUGAAGAGCACAGUGCAUGAAGGACUUUUGGCAUUCGCUUUGGACACGCAACGGCUCUUUAUUCGCACAAAAAAUGGCUUUUCUUUGGUCAGAGUGAGUUUUUUUUUGUAAAAUACGAAACCGGCUGUAUUGUUUUAUUAACUUUUCAUCUAUUUUCUUCAAUAUUAGGCCAGAAUUUACUCAAUAAGCGGUUUUUUGAGAACUAAUGAGCCAAAAAUUAUAUUACCCAUGACAAAAAAAUUGAAAAAAAAUUGUGAAAAACAGGUGGACCAAGGUCGUAGAUUACUCCUAAAGCCUUUUAUUAGUAAUAUUGAGACCGAUUUUAGUUAGUUUAUCCCUUUUUACGCCAAAAAAUGACCAAAAAUUAUGUUAUCCAUGACAAAAAAAAUUCGAAAUUUUGAGAAAUAAGCCUUUUAAAUCCUCAGUUGUUCAUCUCAGAGUAUAAAUAAUAGUCAACCAUAAUUUUAGGACAACUGUUUGGCUUCAAAAAAGUCAAAAAUUAUAUUAUCCAGGGCAAAAAAAUUUAAAAAUUGAGAAAAAAACCGAUGGAUCAAGCUUGCAGAUUACUCCUAAAGACUUUUAUUAGUAAUAUUGAGACCGAUUUUGCUUGAUUUACCCCUUUUUAGGUGAAAAAAUAACCAAAAAUUAUAUUAUCCAUGACAAAAAAAAUCAAAAAUUCCCCUAAAAUCCCACAAUUUCCAGCUCGAUGAGACUAUUCUGGACCCCUUACCGCAUCCACCUCCUCCUAAACGUCCUCCCCGCCCUUGUCGUCCGCAUUUUUCGACCGAACCCUCCACUGGGGGCCUCUCUUACCAGACCUGUCGCUCUCAAGAACCCCAAAUUUCCACGGAUUUAAUCGACGAAGAGCAAUAUCGGAUAUUCAAUCUGCGUCCCCGUGCGCCGCUGAUUCAUGAUGGGCUCGGUGGGACCGUGAAAUUGGUGCCGCUGAAUCGACCAAUCAGCGGGCUUGCCGGGGGAGUCGAAAAUUUGGAUGCACAGUGCAAAAAAGAGGCGAGAGAAAGUGGAAUUAGUGGCGAGUUUAGUGCAUUGGUCAGUGCGAAAGGACGGGUAAGUUGAUUUUUUGAAAUCUUUCAUUUUGAAAAAAAAGUUUUUUUUGAAAAAAAAUUUGAAAAAAUUUCAAAAUUUAAUCAAAAAAUACCCUAAAAUCAACUCAAAACAAUAAAUUUUCCUAUUUUAGAACCCUAAAGCGCUAAUUUCAUCUGGCCAAAGUUCCUGGCCAGUCGUAAAUAUCUUCGGCGCUCGACUUUUUGACUCUUGGGAGCGAGUUUUUGGCGAUGUUAGUCUUCAAGCCGCCUCGUUGUACACCUUCGACAAAAGAAAUGUCCUCCACAAUGGCGCUUGGUAAGUCAGUUUGUAAUUUGGAGCAAAAUAAAAAUCUUUUUUGCACUGUGCGGUCAAAAAAUUCGGAACCGCACAGUGCAAUCAGAAAUCGCACCGUGCAGUCUCAUCACAGUGCAGUCAAAAAAUUUGCAAACUGCACAGUGCAGAAAAUCCAUCGCACCGUGCAGUCUGCAGUGCGACCGAAAAAAAGAUAAAUAAACCGCACUGUGCAAAUGAAAAAUGGAACCAAGUUGCACAGUGCGCUCGCGAAAUUUUCUUUUCGGAACCGGUUGCACUGUGCGGCGGUCAAAUUGCACAGUGCAAAGAAUCCGUCGCACCGUGCAGUCGACAGUUUGCUCUGUGCAAUUGAAAAUUUGGAUGAGAUUGCACAGUGCAGGGGCAAAAUUUUCUUUUCAAAACCCACUGCACUGUGCUGAAAAUCCAUUGCACCGUGCAGUCUACAGUUUUCACCGUGCGAUCAAAAAUAAAUAAACCGCACUGUGCGAUCGGAAGUUUGGAUGGGGUUGCACAGUGCGGUCGCGAAAUUUUUGUUUCCGAACUGGUUGCACUGUGCAGCGAGCAAAUUGCACAGUGAGUUUGCACUGUGCGACCGAAAAUACAUAUAAAAAUGGAAACCGCACUGUGCGAAUGAAAAAAUUGAGAUUGCACAGUGCGGGGGUAAAAUUGUCUUUUCAGAAAAGAUUGCACUGUGCGGCGUUCAAACUGCACAGUGCGAAAAAAAGACUCGCACAGUGCAACAAAUUGCGAUCUCAAGUAAGAACCAGAUUGCACUGUGCGGCCGUCAAAAAUUGCACAGUGCAGCAAAUGGCGAUCUCAAAUAUCGGUCUGUCGGGAAAAAAACGGCGGAUCGUCGCGCCUCCGAAUCGCCCAUCAUCGCUUUGCGACUGCAAGCCGCGGCUUGGGAUUUGGUGCGCGACAGCGGCGAGGCGAGACAUUUUGAUGCGACGAUCCGCCGUUAUUUUUCCGACAGACUGAUAAGAAUCAGAUUGCACAGUGCAGUCAAAAUUUUACUUUCAAAACCCACUGCACUGUGCGGGGGCCAAUGCGAUAUCUGAAAGUUUGCUGAAAGUUAGCUGAAAAUGGUAGGGCGCAGCUCGGAAAACUUGCACGGGCGCAACUCGCGUCUUGGGCGCAGCUCGAAAACAAGCUGAAACCUAGCUCCGGCGAACUGCGAAAGCCGAGCUGCGCCCGAGAUGCGAGCUGCGCCCAUGCUAGUUUUCCGAGCUGCGCCCUACCAUUUUCAGCAAACUUUCAGAUAGCGCAUUGGCCCCGGCGAUCAAAUUGCACAGUGCAAAAAAGCGCGCACAGUGCAGCAAAUUGCGAUCUCAAAUUAACUUCAAACGACAAAAAAAAUUAUUUUCAGGUCCGACGGCUGGCUUUGGCAUGGAAUUCCGCCAGCCGAAAGCGAAUCCGACCUCCAGAAUUGUUUGGAUUGGCGUUCCGGGGAUUCCGCUCAUUUCGCCUGGGCUUCUCCUCUAUCCGCACAUCGUCCACUGUUCAGCCAUGCACAGAAAGGCUCGUGCUCCAUCAAAAUGGUGGUUUUAUGCGUUGGAACGUGA